AUGCAAAGUCUGCGACUCGCGGCAGCACGCUUCGGCCGUCAGUCGGUGGUUAAUUUAAGCUCCACUUCGGUGGACAACAUAGGUGCCCACGUCUACGUACAAACCAUAUUAGAAGAGCACAAGGCCUUCGUCUGUGGCCUCGACGACGCUGUCUACACUUUCUACAGUCCGCUUUUCGAGGGUUCUGUGGGUCAACACACACGGCACUCUCUGGAUCACAUACGCAAGCCACUUGAACUUAUAGCUGCACACAAGAAAGAAAGCGGCGAAAGUAUAUUGCACUACGAUAUUCGCGAUCGCUGCACGCCUGUAGAGAAGGACCGCCAUGCGGCAAUUGAGCAAAUCGAGCAGCUGAAGAGGACGCUUUGCGCUGUGUCGCAAAGCAAUCUGGCGCAACCAGUCCAUGCUGCCUUUAUGCUGUCGGCCGAUGGUCAUGAGGUCGACUUCAAGUCCACCUUCAACCGCGAGCUCGCUUUCGCCGUUCACCACUGUAUCCAUCACAACGCGUUGUCGAAGGUAUUGCUGCGCCAUCACUUUCCAGAGCAAAGUGUGCCCAAAGACUUCGGUAGGGCACCCUCUACAGCCAAUUUCUAUUUAAUGCACGACGAGUAA